AAAAAAAAUUCUCCAUUGCCUGAUUCUCUGUCAGAAACCCCUCUUCAUCAGUUCUAUUCAUAAUCACCAUAAAAACUUUUAACUUUUUGAACCAUGGAAGCUCUUUCAAGCUCCAUAAUCCUUCCUGCUUUUCAAGAAACACAUUCCUCUACCCGUCGUCCCUCACUCAGAACCAGCUUAUCAUUUUCUAAAACCACCGCCCGUAUCUCCGCCGCCGCCUCCCGUCAAGUUUCCGGUGACUCCGAAGACGAUCAACAACAAGUUCUUGACCUUCAUAAUGCGUUUGAUGGUGUUAUAGGAAAAUCUAAUAGCGAUGCGGAUUUGAAUAAAAAGACAUCUGAAGAUGGAAUGAAGGCUGUAAUAGGACAAACUAAUAGCAGCGAGGAUUUGAAUAAAAAGACAUCUGAAGUUGGAACAGGUGGUUCAACUAGAGCUGGCCUUUUCAGAACCCCGAUAUCGGGUGGAGUGCAGAGUGCAACUUCUGUUCAUGACUUGCCUAAACCAGCCUUGGCGGUUCGAAAUUUGAUGGAGCAGGCUAGGUUUGCUCACCUGAGUACUGUAAUGUCCCGGAUGCACCAACGAAGCGAAGGAUACCCUUUUGGUUCACUUGUAGAUUUUGCACCAGAUCCAAUGGGACAUCCAAUAUUUUCAUUUUCACAGCUGGGUAUACACACACGAAAUCUAUUAGCUAAUCCAAGAUGUACAUUAGUCGUCCAGAUACCUGGAUGGAGUGGCUUGUCAAAUGCAAGGGUUACUAUCUUUGGUGAUGUCUAUCCUUUGGCGGAAGAUGAGCAGGAAUGGGCACACAAGCAGUAUAUAGCAAAACACCAACAGGCUCCUUCACAACAGUGGGGGAACUUCUACUAUUUUAGGAUGCACAAUAUAAGUGAUAUAUAUUUUAUUGGAGGUUUUGGCACUGUUGCUUGGGUUAAUGUUAAGGAAUACGAGUCUCUUAAACCUGAUGAUAUAGCUGUUAACGGUGGUGAGCAAAAUCUGAAGGAGCUUAAUGUGAUGUUUUCCAAGCCUUUAAAAGACCUAUUUUCAUUGGAGAGCCAGGUGGAUGAUGUUUCUUUUAUAUCAAUAGAUAGCAAGGGAACUGAUAUUCGUGUCCGUCAAGGUGCACAGUUUCACAUACAAAGGUUGGUAUUCGAAGAAUGGGAUGGAAUUAAAACACUGGAGGAAGCCAAAGCAGCAUUGUGGAACUUGGUAAAUAAAGGUGGCGUCUACACUGUCCACAAGUGAGAAAGGUGGGAUUAAGCUAGUGCUGUACUACAAUGUAACAACUAACAUAAAACUUUUUUGUUUUUGUUUUUCUUGGGAUUUAAAUAUGUAGAUGUUUAAUAAAGGUUCGGAUCAAUGAUCGUUUCUUGGUUAA